GUGGCACGAGUAGCUUGGGUCAUGACCAAAGAGCGAAGGAUCCAAAAGUCAGCUAACUGGACAGAUCAAGAUUUAGAUUUGUCUUGUUUUGUUUUGUUUUUGUGACCCUUUGUUUUCUCUUUCCUAUUCUAGCUUUUGCCCUGAGCAGCAGCGUACACCACCCGGGCUGCCGGCUUUUGAAUCUGAAUGCGCACUACCCAACUUGUAAACUGUCAACAGACACCAGUUCAGGAAAUUGCAACCAAUUGAUCGCGGGCAAACAGGAUCUGAACUCGCUUCUGCUUCCCGUUGGAGCGCAGCGACCGCCCAGUUAGAGUUGCACCGGCGCCCUGCGCUCCAGCCCUGGCGGAGGGUUGGUCUUCCGCGCGCAGUCGUGCGGCGCUUUUCCGUGGUUCUGCGCGGGGUCCAGCCCCCCACCUCUGCUCCUAUAAGCAAAAAGGAGAGCGACUCCUGGUUGCAGUUCUGGGAUUUUACCAUCUCCGCCAAGUCGCUGGGCUUCUGCCUCCCAGAUCCGCCUCGAGCCAGCUCGAGAUCUCCUCUCACCCUCAGCGCCCGCAGCUGGGACUGUCCGCCCCGCCUUCGCCCUAGCCCUCGCCCUGGCCUUGGCCCUGGCCUCUCCUCGGAGGAUGUGGUGAGCCCGGCCCUAGUCCGGGGUCUGUCCUCGCCGGGCCGUCUCUCAUAGAACUGAGGAGCGGGAGAAUAAGGGAGGGGGUGGUGGAAGGUAGGAGUGGUGCGAACACCCAGAGUAUCAAACUUGGGGGUGGCCAGUGGGGGUCAGGGGAGAAGAGAAGCCGUUGCAGGCGGCUGUGGGGUCCCGGGAGGGGGCUCUGGGCAGGGUCCCGCUGCGCGCGUUCCAAGCCCUCCAGGGGGAGAGACCUGGACUCUGUUUCCAGCUCCAUCGCACGGAGAAUUUCCGUCCAGCCUUCUCCAUUGAGGGACCCUUGUCCCCCACCCUCCGCCCCUGUUUCUUUUUCCUCAAGGGAGGGAUUCGUCUCCCGCCUCCGGAGCCUCGGAUCCCCACACGCUCCUCUGGCCGCGCAGUGCGGGGCGGGGCGGUGCCCUUACGCUCUGCUGCGGAGGUGGGCUGCGGACCCCAGGGGCGCAAACCUCCUAGCGGCUCCGACUGUCAGGCGGACGCUGCGCUCUCCUGCUCUCCCGCGCGCGCGGCUGCCCAGCACCGUCGGAUCGGACGGACUGGGCCUGCCUUUGGGAACCGCCCAGUGCCCUCUCCGGGUCGGCGGGCUAGAUAAUCAUCAAACUGACAGGCGGCACACGUCUGGCUUCCACGUCUCAGCAGAAGCGCGAGGGCCGGGUCAGUACGUAUUCUUGUGCUAGUUGAUGAAAAUGGGCCCAUUAGGUGCAGAGGCUGAUGAGAACCAGACAGUGGAAGAAAUGAAAGUGGAGCAGUUCGGUCCAGGGCACACCACUCCUAGAGGGGAGCUGGCCCCUAACUCUGAGCCGGAGCUUAUAGACAGCACGAAGCUGAUUGAGGUACAGAUCGUCCUUAUAUUGGCCUAUUGCUCCAUCAUCUUGCUUGGGGUGAUUGGCAAUUCCUUGGUGAUCCAUGUGGUGAUCAAAUUCAAGAGCAUGCGUACAGUAACCAACUUUUUUAUUGCCAAUCUGGCUGUGGCGGAUCUUCUGGUGAACACCCUGUGCUUACCAUUUACACUUACCUACACCUUAAUGGGGGAGUGGAAAAUGGGUCCCGUCCUAUGCCACUUGGUGCCUUAUGCCCAGGGCCUGGCAGUACAAGUGUCCACCAUCACGUUGACAGUAAUUGCCCUGGACCGGCAUCGUUGCAUUGUCUACCACCUGGAGAGCAAGAUUUCCAAGCGAAUCAGCUUCUUGAUUAUUGGCUUGGCUUGGGGCAUCAGUGCCCUGCUAGCAAGCCCCCUGGCCAUCUUCCGGGAGUAUUCACUGAUUGAGAUUAUUCCGGACUUUGAGAUUGUGGCCUGUACUGAGAAGUGGCCUGGUGAGGAGAAGAGCAUCUAUGGCACUGUCUACAGUCUUUCUUCCUUAUUAAUCCUGUAUGCUUUGCCUCUGGGCAUCAUCUCUGUUUCCUAUAUUCGUAUCUGGAGUAAACUUAAGAACCAUGUCACCCCUGGAGCUGCUAAUGACCACUACCAUCAGCGGAGGCAAAAAACCACCAAAAUGCUGGUGUGUGUGGUGGUGGUAUUUGCAGUCAGCUGGUUGCCGCUCCAUGCCUUCCAACUUGCUGUCGACAUUGACAACAAAGUCUUGGACCUGAAGGAGUACAAACUUAUCUUCACUGUGUUCCACAUCAUUGCCAUGUGCUCCACCUUUGCCAACCCCCUUCUCUAUGGCUGGAUGAACAGCAACUACAGAAAAGCUUUCCUCUCAGCCUUCCGCUGUGAGCAGAGGUUAGACGCCAUUCACUCUGAGGUAUCUGUGACAUUCAAGGCUAAAAAGAACCUGGAAGCCACAGAGAACAAUGGUCCUAAUGAUUCUUUCACAGAGGCUACCAACGUCUAAGGCAACUGCCAUGUGAAAAUAUAUGGAUGAAUUCUGACCAGAGCUGUAAACCUGGUUGAGUGGGGCGUGCAGGUGCAUCCUCAUUUCCCAUUUUAAGGAAGCAUCUGAAUGGAAGCAUCUGCAGUGUAAUUCAUGGAAAACUGGUUGUCAGAGUCUAGUAAAAACACUCAAAUUCAAAGACAAGGCAACAAAAGUUUGCUUACAGUUGCUUAGAUUGUAGGUUGAAUUAUGAAUAAAAGCAGAGAGAAAUGGUUUUGACUGUUUCCCAGAGUGAAGGAAACAUGAACAAGGAGUUGGUGUUAUCAGCAUUGCUAAGAGGUGGUGGGUAAAAAAGUUGACUUUAAAAUCACAUUAGGGCAUAGAACGGGGAUGACGUAUAAUUCACUGCUCCCCCCUCAUCUGAUGAAAAGGCUGUCAACACCAAUUUCCCUAGAAAGCCACAGACUCUUCUCUAUUGUAUUUUGCCUUUUUGUUAUUCUUCCUAUGGACUAAAACCAUCAGAGAACACUGCAGGUAAAUGUUACCAACUAUUUGAAUGACUUCAAGGAAAUAAACCGAAAUUUUCUAUGUAAUUAGUGUUUUGGCAAAUGAUGGGGGGAAUCUUUACCACCCAGUUAGCCAAUUGUUUUUUAAAACCAAAUGCACAUUUAAUGAAAAGUUUCUUCAACUUAGAAUCAAAGGCUGAAAUUCUCAGAGAAAUGUAAACCAUCAUUUAACUUCUCAUUUCAACUUGUCCCUGCUUUGUAUAGUUACUAUUUGAAUAACAAGUAAGCAUGCCACACAAUACUUUUAAUCAUUGCUAAUUGUAACUUUUUGAACACAUUUUACUCCUAUGUUGGAGUUGAGUUUGUCUUCACUAAAAAUUAAAUCAGAUUAGGAGAUAGUUUUGUGGCAUUUUGCGGUUAUUUGUAAGCAGUUUUUGCACAGGUACAUACUCUAAUGUGUUUACUG